CUUCAGCCGAAAGUUAUUCUUUUGUAGAUAAAAUAUCAAUACACGAUGGCGCAGAGUAAGCUGAAUGAUUUGGCCGGAAAAUUCGGCAAAGGAGGUCCUCCUGGACUAACGACGGGUCUAAAGGUGCUCGCUGCCGUCGGGGCCGUGGCCUAUGGCGUUAAAAACUCAAUGUACACGGUUGAGGGUGGUCACCGUGCAAUCAUAUUCAACCGUAUCGGUGGAGUCGGAGACGAUGUAUUCGCAGAAGGAUUGCACUUCCGUAUGCCCUGGUUCCAGUAUCCAAUCAUCUACGAUAUUCGCUCUCGACCACGUAAAAUUUCAUCACCUACCGGCUCGAAAGAUCUGCAAAUGGUUAACAUUUCGCUGCGGGUACUGUCCCGUCCUGAUGCUCGUAAGCUUCCCGUCAUGUACCGUCAGCUAGGUCAGGAUUACGACGAAAAGGUUCUUCCCUCGAUUUGUAACGAAGUGCUGAAAAGCGUGGUGGCAAAAUUCAACGCCUCACAGCUUAUUACCCAGCGACAGCAGGUGUCACUGCUCAUUCGCCGGGAGCUCGUUGAACGGGCGGCCGAUUUCAACAUCAUUCUUGACGAUGUGUCGCUAACAGAACUGAGCUUCGGGCGGGAGUACACGGCGGCAGUCGAAAGCAAACAGGUGGCGCAGCAGGAAGCUCAACAGGCCGCUUUCCUGGUGGAACGUGCGAAACAGGAACGACAGCAGAAGAUCGUUCAGGCUGAGGGUGAAGCGGAAGCUGCAAAAAUGUUGGGUCUCGCUGUGGCCGAAAAUCCCGGUUACCUGAAGCUACGAAAGAUUCGUGCUGCACAAAACAUCGCCAGGACGAUCGCUAACUCCCAGAACCGAGUCUACCUCUCCGCCAACAGUCUGAUGCUGAACAUCCAGGACGAUACCUUCGACGAUAUGUCGAAGAAAGUUUCAAGAAAAUAAGCACGUUCGCCAAGUGCAUUAAGAACCUUUUGCCUAAAACUGUUAAGAACAUAUACCCCCCCAGACAGAACAAUAGUAGUAAAUCAUUAAGAACGUUAAUGCCAUUGCUAAAGUGAAACAAACAAAACAUUGCAAAGUGGCGAAUCGAAUCAGGAAAAUAUGCGAGUCGGCUCUUCCUCCUCCUCCAGCGACGUUCGGUGAUCGGGCCCCGGCCGGUUAAACAAAUCGCUAGAUGGAUUAUGUGCGGCGAUUUCGUUGGGAUCUUGAUUGCAACACGGCGGCGAGUACUGGCGACGAGUUUGAGUUUCCGGCGAGUUUCUUUCUCACUGCCACUGUGUCACUGUCGUUUUGUUCUCGGUUUCCAUCCCUCUGGUGCGAUAUUGCGUCAAACGCUGGUCGAUACUAUUCCAAAGUGAAAUCGCGUCAUGGAAUUGUGGGAGGAAACUCGUAAUGUGGCCAGUUCGAUUCGGGAUUCGUCGGUACACAAUGGUAAACCGAACCGAGUGAAUGAAGAAAAUCAACUUUACACGGGGGUCUUCGAAAUGGUUUACGAUCAAAAGUAGCGUUUCGCACGCAGUUUGCAUUUUUGUUUAGCUUAGUCAUUAAGAUGCAUUUUGUGAGCCAAUAAAGUAGCGAGGAUCGCGCAUAGGGAGAUCCAUUCGCCCUCACGGUGGUAGUGUAUAGGAA